ACCCGACCUCAGCUCAAGAAGAACCCGACCUCAAUUGGCACGACGAUUGCGACACAGCCAAUUGAGAACAUUGCUACCGACUUCUAAUUUUCUAUUCUUUGAAUUCGGGUCGUCCCAAUUGUCAUCAUGAGCCACGUUACUCGCCGAGCGCUUUCGACGCUCAUUCCUCCCAAGGUUGCCUCGCCGAACGCCAUCGGCGCUGCCCCUGAUGCCGUCCGCAUGAAGCGCGUCGUCAACUUCUACUCGAAGCUUCCCAGGGGUGCCGCUCCCGAGCACAAGCCCACGGGCAUCCUCGGGCGCUACCAGGCGAAGCACUUUGGCAAGAACCCGACCGCUAAGCCUAUCAUUCAUGCUAUCGCCUUCAUUCUCGCUGUCGGCUACGCCCAGAACUACUACUUCCACCUGCGCCACCACAAGAACAACCCCCACUAAAUCAAUCGUCAGGCCCUUGGGGAGGACUUGUAAUAUGGCUUGUAGAUACGGCGAAUAGAAUAAGACCGUUUGUACACCACUUGACCUCUAUGGAAAUUCAUUUGUCUCUUCCCUUACUUGCAUUUACUGGGCGCAAAUUUCAUGUUCUUACAGACGCUAAAGACAUGUGAGUGUGAAUAAGCAUUGGUCUGUGUCCUGGUAUUUUGUGACUGGACGACAAAAAGAAUAAAUCAAAAGAUGAUGAGAAAUUCCGGGCAACGCGUGUCACUGUGUUUAAAGCUUUUUGAAGCGUAAAUCCAGCAUCUAAACUUUGCCGAGGGUAGCUUACCCGUAAACUCAUUGAGCCCGUCCUUGGCGGCUGGCUUCCUUGGUGUGUCCAUGCGCUUGUUUGCCAACUCACAGUGCGGGUCGCAGCUAAGACAUGCUGGUCUGCGUGUUUGUGCAUAGGAUUCUAUCCAUGCCGUAAACGUCACAAGAGGUGACAUAAAAUAGCAUUGAUGAUGAGGUGUGUCAUAGUCAAUUUGAUGCCACGAUCCUUGCAAACGGGACCUCGCCCCGCUUCCCA